AUGGCUCCACAGACUGGCUCCAUCAAAAAGGAGACACAACCUUUUCCAGCCUUUCUACAGCUUUUCACUUGGGAAGAGAUGAGAAUCCACAAUGGCCAAGGUCAGGAACAAUGGCUGGUGAUUGACAGGAAGGUUUACAAUGUCAGCGAGUUUUCCAAACGGCACCCUGGAGGAAGCCGAGUUAUUAGCCACUAUGCUGGGCAAGAUGCAACGGAUGCCUUUGUAGCAUUUCACAAUGAUAAGACUCUGGUGAAAAAAUACUUGAAAUCUCUGCUAAUUGGGGAGUUGGCACCAGACCAACCCAGCUCUGAGUCUAAUAAAAAGUACCUAGAGAGUACCUGGUUUAUUUGGGUCUCACAGAAGAACCACAUUCCAAUGGAAAUUGAUUAUGAUAAGAAUGAAGAUUGGGUAUCUACUCAGCUCCGUGCAACAUGCAAUGUGAACCAAUCCACGUUCAAUGACUGGUUUACUGGGCACUUGAACUUCCAAAUUGAGCACCACCUGUUCCCCACAAUGCCUCGACACAACUGCUGGAAAGCAGCUCCUCUGGUGAAAGCCCUAUGUGAUAAGCAUGGCAUUCAGUAUAAAAGCAAGACUUUACUCACAGCCUUUGUGGACAUUUUAAAAUCCCUGAAGGAUUCUGGGGAACACUGGCUUGAAGCCUGUCUGCAUGGAUAG